CUGUUUUCAUCUCAAAUUCAUCACACGGACGUUAGGAAAGCUUGUGUCCUGUUUAUGAGGCAACACCAGCAAAAGUUUGACUCUUAUGUGGAAGGAUCAUUUGAGAAGUAUCUUGAGCGACUAGGAGAUCCAAAGGAAAAUGCUGGCCAGCUGGAAAUGAGUGCUCUAUCAGUGAUGUACAAGCAGGACUUUAUUCUCUACCGAUACCCUGGAAAGCCACCCACUUAUGCUACGGACAAUGGUUUUGAAAACAAGAUUUUACUGUGCUGUUCCGGCAAUGGCCAUUAUGACUCUCUGUAUACAAAACAAUUCCAGGAAAAUGCGGCUGUUUGCCAGGCUGUAUUAUAUGAGAUCCUGUACAAAGAUGUGUUUGGCAUGGAUGAGGAAGAGUUAAGAUCUGCAGUUGAGGUGUUUCGAAGUGGAUCCAAGAAGAACAGAAGCAGUGGCUCCGUAGGAAGUGAGGAUGCAAACUUUGAUUGUCUUCAUGAAAAAGUAUCCCGAAAUCCAUCAGAAAAGAGAGUGGACAACUGGGAAGGCAAUGAUGCUGACAGUCUACAGGAAGAUAAGUUCAAACAAGGCAUUGAAGAAGAAAAGCCUCUGGAAAAUCCAUCAAAGAUGCCUGUUCCUUACAAAGUGUUGAAGGCACUGGACCCUGAGAUCUAUCGAAACGUGGAGUUUGAUGUUUGGCUGGACAGCAGAAAAGAGCUUCAAAAAACUGACUACAUGGUGUUUGCUGGGAGACAGUACUAUUUAGGAGACAAGUGUCAGGUACGUCUGGAGCCUGGAGGUAAGUAUUACAAUGCUCAUAUCCAGGAGGUCGGACGGGAUGGCAACACGUUGACUGUAUUCGUUGAGGAGCUGGCGGAAAAGCAUACAGUUCCUUUGGCAAACUUAAAACCAGUGACACAAGUGGCACCUGUCCUUGCUUGGAAUAUGAUUCCCAGCCGAAGAGGAGGAACCUAUCAGAAAAUAGCAGGUGGAUACUUCUCAGGAAUAGAAAUGGAUAUGAAAGCACGGAAGAGAAUGCUUAAGAAAGUUCGUGGAAAGGAAAGUGGUGGAAACAUGGCACCUUACGAACCCUAUCGUCCCCAGAAUCCUCAGAGACAUAACCGUGGGUUUGGGAUGCCAAGGGGAUCUACCCGGUUUAUAAACAGGCACAACAUGGUUGGCCCUCAAAUAGCAUUCUACCCCAGUCCAGGAAAGAGAUGCUAUCAGAGCUAUGACAAUUUCUCCUGCAGGUCCUGCUCAUACAGCCGUAGCCGCCGUCAGAUGCAGUGUGUGAAUAAGGAAUGUCAGUAUGGGUUUGUACCAGGGAACGGAGAGGAGCCUCAAGGACCAGAAGAAACUAUAACUUUCUAUGAUGUUGAAGGAGAGGAUGAUUCUACUUUUCCUACUUUACCAAGUAGCCCUGCUCCCCUUGUCCAUGGUCCAGCAGGAUUUUGGGUAGCAAGGAGAGGCCCAAACUCUGUUCCGCCUAACAAGCAGACCCUAAAUUCCUCAGAGGAGGAAGAAGAAACAAGUGAAAAUGAUCCUGACUGUGAAGCUGCAACGGUGUUUAGUUCAGCAGAACCUACAGCUGACUUGUUGGAAUCCCUUCAGGACGAAGGGCCUGUUCCUGUGUCUCCUCAAGAUGACGUGGCUUCUUACAGUUAUCCCCAGAAGGUGGUGGUGAACUCUGCAACAGUCUCAGCCUCAACAGGAGUUUAUGCUGCUCCAGUUACAGACUUCUCAAAUUCUGCUGCCUCCAGUCCAGCCAGUGUCACAACAGCAAUGCCCCCCCAGACAGUUCAGCCGGUCGUGGUAUCUCCUCUUUCUGUAGGGAGGCCAGCAAUUUCUUCGGUGCCAUUCCCAAUUUAUUCAGCUCCUCUUCCUCCAGUCAGUGAGGUAGGAGAACCUGAUGUCACUCUUCCACCUUACUCUUGUGAUCCCAGUGGCAGCGAUCUGCCUCGAGAUACAAAAGUCUUGCGGUAUUAUUUUAACCUGGGCUUGCAAUAUUACCAUCAGAGCUGUUGGCCUUCCAUGAUGUAUGUGCAGCCAGUGCUGCAGCCGUCACCCGUAGAAGUUUAUCCAACAUAUGCUGAGCCAGCUCCUGUCCUAGAUCAGUCAGUACCUCAGCUCUACACUGAUGCUGGUCGAACCGAAGUCCACCAGGUUCCCUUGGAAGCACCUGUAAAUGGUAACUUUCAAAAUGCAGAGCCUCCACCCCUGUCCUACGGGCCAGUGUAUUACCCAGUCAUGUCAGACCCCUUCAGCCAGCAAUCUCUUCAUGGCUUCGAUUCUGUAGUACCUGCCUAUCGCUAUGUAAGUACCUGGCAUCCGGUAAAUCCACCGUACGGAAAUUCUCCACCAAUUGCUAGUGCUGCGAGUUCGGGACCGCUGCAGCAGGUCAGCUAUAUUGCCUCACCUCACCCUGCACCUCAUGAUGUGCCUCAAGGAAUGUAA